AUUUAUUGUUGCGUCUCUGCUGCCCGACAGUUUGGCUUCAGCAGCCAUCCGCGUCCUUGACAGCCUUACUAUCCUCCCCCUUGCAUCGCAUUCCACCGCUGCUGUCUCCUGCUCUCUCCCUCCUCUUCCCUCGAUGAACACCUGAAAUCCCCCCUCAGACGAAAGCCACGCGUGCUGCGACUGUCUUGGACUCGCAUGGAGGGGUGUGCAGAUACAGAGUCGCGUGUAUGCAUGAGCGAGUGAACGAGGGACAUCCACAACGUCAACAAACCACCGUCUGACUGCCCUUCGUGGGACAGACCUAUGUCUCCCAGACACCCCUUCCCUCUGGACUGAGCUUCUUCUAUUCUCGGCAUCGUCUGUGUCACUUUCGUUUCGUCUCUCCCCCUCCUGUUGUUCUUUUAGCAGCCAUUCGCGCCUGGGUCGCUCCUCCCUCGACCAGCGCAUUGCGCGCAUCAGGUCGUCAACAACAACAGUGACGACGACGACAAAAACACCCGUUAAUAAUAACAUCAUAACCUGAAAAUAGCAGCGACGGCGCUCAGCCAUGGCGAUCGCGUCGGGUUCCCUGUCGUACCUGCCGCUGGAGCAACUCACACUGUACCAUGCAGUCGAUCCGUGUCUGUCGUCCAUCCUGGUCUUCUACGGCCCUGUCACUACUGCCAAUGCCACCGUCAGCAGUUCGCGUGUCCAGGCGCAUAUCUUUACUCCGGCAGGUUUCCGCAGUUACCCUCGCAUUACUGUAUCCCCUGCUGCUCCCCUGUACGCCGCCGUUAACCACCUGCCACGAGAGAAACAAGGCGACGAACUAUGCCGCGGUCUGGCCGUGAGUAUGCUAAAGUACUUCUCAGAUUUGUCAGAUCCCGUCAAGGACUAUCUGCGAGAAUUGGCCAAGGCUGGGAAUGGGAAGUCGGGGACGAAACUAUCCAACAUGUUUGACGAGAUACACGCGGCGGAUCUGACGAACCGAUUGAUUGUGGUGGACGACGCGUCCGAUGCGAUACGGGAUCUACAGGCAGCAUAUCAGGAGCGCAAGGUCCCUUGGAUUGACAUUGACGUUGUGCUGCCUGCUGGCACCAUUCAGCCUCCGUCGCAGCUCGAAGAUGACGCUGCGGAGAUGGAAGGUAGCUCCGACCUCCAGUAUGGCCAGUAUUCGCCCAUGGUACGAGCACUAGGGGAUCCGAUCUUUUUGCCCACGUCGCGGUUAAAGCGCGCACCGUCACAACCUACCAAUUUAAGCAAGUCCAGGACCUUUUCUAGAAGUCAAAAGGAGGCUCUCCGCUUGACCAUGUGUGAAGUUGUUGAUACGGAGGAGCGGUAUGUAGCCAAGCUAUAUGCUCUGGUUCAUGACGUCGCAGAAGAGUUUCGGUUGAAGGCACAGUCGCGACCACCGUCCAGCACCAGCCCGGACGAGGCAUCUCUUGCUGCGUUGUUUCCCCCUUGUCUAAACCAGAUUCUCGACGUCAACCUUGGUUUCCUAGAAGUAAUUCGCCAGGUGCUCGAAGAGACCGAGAAAGACGCUAUUGAGGAUAUCUCACGGGAUACAGAGCUUCCAUCUUCCAUGUCCCAGAGAGCGUCUUCGAGGCAAGGAUCCGACGCGAUGGGUGCGGUUGCAUUUGCGAGCGCUCUUCUGGAAUGGUUCCCGCGAUUUUCACAGCCCUAUGCUGAUUACAUGCGCGCUCACAAUGGAUUCACUCAGACGCUGAACUCUUUUUUGAAGGAUAGGAAUUCUAGUUUUUCAAAGAGGGUACACGAGACGGGCGAGCAGAGACUACGCUCCCUCUUAAUGGAGCCGGUUCAACGCCUUCCGCGAUAUAGCCUUCUGAUCGAUACAAUGAUGAGCAGUCUCCCGCUGGUCCACCCCGCAGUUCGACCAUUCCUGAAGGCUAGGGAUGUUAUCAAGGAUAUCUGUUCGCUGGAUGAUCCGGGGUCUACCAAUUAUACCAAAAGCCUUCAAAAGCUCAAGUCCCUGGUGGACGGUUGGCCAGCUGCUAUAUUCCCGGCAGGCCGCCUGAUCAACGCGAUUGACUUCAACGAAUUGCCACCUCCAUUCCGUACCGAUCUCCAGACAACUAGUCACAGCACGGGCAUCAUGCUGCUGUACAAAAAUUGCUUGGUUCUCUUGUCAAAGGCUUCUGGAUGUAAGAUCACCGCUCGUGCUUUAUUAGCCGAACUUGACAAUUCGGCAUCCACAGCGGGUGACUCUGGAAUCCUGAUCCCUGGUGAACUCCGGGUUGCACAGGUACUCGACAUCAACAAGGUGCGUUGCAUGCAGUCUGGAUGCGGGCGUAUCUUGUUCUUGGCUCCCGCCUCAGCAACUAUGGAUGCGGAGCCAAUCGACCUGCUUGCAUUGGAAUUGUUUGCAGUACAUGAAGGGCGAGCAAAUCGCUUGAUCGAGGAGAUCGUCAAAGCCCGAAUCGAAGGCAGAUUCCCAGAACAGGAGCGAGAGAAUGGUAAAUGGACCCUCAGGAGCUGCACAGGGACUGUCGGAAACCUUGGCAUCUUAGCUUGCGUGUUUGAAGAGGAUGAGACUGGGUCGUCGAAGCGAACGGGGUCUGCGAGGAUAAAACUUGUAUUCGAUACUCCGAAGUCCGUAUGCAGUAAGAUGAUGAGCAACUCCAACGACUUGGAGGGCAUCGUUUCGAUAUCUGCGCCAGAGGAGGACAAGUUCAAAGUAGAAAUCUACUCAACCGUUGAGAUGUUCUCGUCCGACAUUGUCACAGCAGAUGUCUUCCUCCCUGCUCUUUCCAAGCGCCUCUUGAAUCUACUCUUGCCCCUGCAUGGCCCUCAAAACAGGACCUUGACAGAGCCCAUGGUCCGUUCGAAUUUCGAAAUCCUCCGCUAUAUUGCAAGCGGUUUUAUGACCCAGAUAAAGACCACUCGUUCCUUCAGACCACCCUCGCCCUCGAAGCUGCUUUCAAGUCUCUGGGGGGGGCAGUCCAAAGAACCGAGUUCUCCGAAACUACCUCAUUCUGCCUCUCUACUGGGUGAAUUCCCCAAACUGGCGCCUUCCAAACCGAAUCACUCGAGAUCGAACACCUUGCCGUCAAUCUUCCCCAACAAGGACGAUAGCGGGAAUAGGAUUUCCAUGGUUGGAUCAGAAACGUCGAAAGAGUCAUUGGAUAGUCCAUUUGGCCUCCUAGAGCAGACGUUCUCGGCAUACGCGCUUGCCCUUCAGUCCCGAAGCGGUAAUAUUGUUGGACGUAUUCUCCGUGGGAGAGAGAACGUUGACAGAUCCGCUGUCAACGAACUCUAUAACGUACUGCUUGAGGAUCCGGGAAAGAUCCAAGCCGCGGCCGAAGUCCCCAUUGAUGUCCUAUUUGUCGCAUUCGAAACAUUCAUGGCUAACGCAUGGAGGGAUCACAUGGGGCCCGUCCUCGAGCCCUCGUCGUUGAAGCUAAUCCAGAGCCAAUUUGAUACUAUGUUUCCUCGUGAAUUCGAUGAAAACUUUCGGGCAUUGCUUGCAGAAAUGAGCCCGCAGAACCGCCGUGCUUUCGCUGCAAUGAUUCGACUGCUCUCCGAAUUGCUAGACGCAUCAGGGAACGAUGGUGAUCGCGGUGCUCUGACGGCUGCUUUUGCAGAAGUACUCACCGAAGAUGGAGAUCCCAUGCAACAUGUCUCCCUUUUAGAUCGAUUGGUCGACGAUUUUGGAAAUCUCUUUGACGAAUAUGUCCCGGUUGGCGCUUCUUUGGAAGGCACCCUGACCACUGAUCAGACAACAAAAUCUCCCUCGCGACACUCCAGCUCCAUGAAUUCCAACUCUUCCUCCUUCAGACGACGUUUGGGGUUUGGUCUGCAUCGUGAAAACUCGAAAACCGAAGGUGAAAGCAAAGUAUCCUCGAUUUUGAGGACUCUGAGUAAGAGCAAGGGAUCUGGCGACUCUGAGCCAGGCACUCCCCGAGGCUCGCUACACUUGCGAUCAAAAUCCAUUGACGUUGACACUCGACUGGGUCCUCUGUUACGCCCGAGCUCACGCGAUCGCCCAGGCUCUCGUGAUCGACCUGGGUCUCGCGACCGGCCAAGUGCUUCUGCAGAAGAUCUAGUUCGUCGUCCAAGCAGUUCUCAAGAGGAUCUUCCAUUGUCGUCAAUUAGAGGUGUGACAAACGGAAGUGCCAGUGUCGUGAGGGUUCGAAGGAAGCGGAGGAGUUCCCUCUCCGACCUGCGUCCUCUCUCGACGUUGGUAGAGACACCUGGCAGUCCUUCUUCGCCUGGAUCUGUGACCCCGGGGCCUCAGUCAGAGGAAACCCCUUCGAAGAAAACCGUCCCUCCUCGCUUGACUUCGCCUUCUAGAACUAGAUCCCCGGCACGUCCCACUACCCCGAAGUGUAAGGAGAACAUCGACCCAAGAUCAACGCCGGCAGAGAGGAGUUCUAAGAAAAACGACAUAGCAACACCCACUCAAGAGUCCAGAAGAAGAGAGCGAGCUAAAAGCAUACCUACGAGAGGUACUGAGCUUAGGGAGCGGCCGACGCUCGCAAAUGCGACUGAAGUCAAACGGCCCCAGACCUCUCACUCCCAUUCACACUCUCCGCAGAAAACGCCUAAAUUGCGAAUGCAAAGCCCCCAGAAGCUCCGCGAUCGUCUCCAAAGCGAGAACAGAACACAGGCCCUCGCGCAGGCAGGUUUUCAGGAAGAGUUGAAACUCAUCAGCGAGGAAAUUCAAACAUUAAGACUGGGAUCCCCGCAGCGACGUUUAGAUUCACGGAUAAAUGGUCAUUAUUCUCUCAAUGGGCUCUUUGCUUCACCCCCAACUGACGCAGCCCUUGAGUCUCGUGUUCGCGAGCUCGAGUCAAGAUUUGACGUUCUCACCGAUGAAUUCAGGGGUCGGACGUCUGCUAUCGAGAAAGACUUGGAAUCCUCACUGGUCGUAAGCGAAAAGAGAGCCAAGAAAUUGGAUGAACUGUACCGCGAAGCCAGUGCUGAGAACGAAGCCCUGUAUGAUCGGUUCAAUCUGGAGCUGAACAAAAUCGUUAAAGAGGUGCGACUGGGUGGUGCAGAGGAGGUUCUCAAAACCCAAUUGACAGCAGCACUUGAUGAGAUUGGGAGGUUGAAAAAGGAGAACUUUCGACUCAAGAGAGAAGUCGGCGGUUUACGGGCCCAGCAAGCUGCAGUGUCUCUGUUGAGGGCGAGCGAGUAGAGACUCAGCUUCAAUAUGAUCGGUUUAUGAAACUCGGUUGGGUUUACAACCUCAGCCUGGUGGCUGGCCACAGAGGCUCAUAGGAAGGGCUUAUUUAUUACUCGAGUCUACCAGAUGUGCUUUUUUUUUAACCACCCCUCCCCCUUACUUUCUUUUUCUAUGGGAUUUGGGCGAUGUGGGUUCCAGAAGAGGGAGUGCUUAUUUUCAUUCCUUUACGACUGAUGAAAGUACCCGAUGCUAUUUGUUUGAAUCGAUGAUCCGUCUUAUCCAUGAUUGUUAGCGUUUCCUUUUGGCUUUCGUGAAGAAUGGCGGUGGCAUGGCGUGCACGUCUUGUAUGGAUGUCUAUUGAUUGUUUCUUUCCUUGUCUCUUUUUCUGGGAUACCAUGCAAUUUUCACGUCUAGCUUUUAUUUGCUUGUGUCAAAGACUCUUCCAUGGGACGAAUUUUAUUGUUUUGACAAUCCUUCAUUCUUCACUGGACCGUUCCAGCAACUCCAACACCUCGCUGUCUACCAUUUUGUACAUCCAUUCCCAUUCUAUGCUGUAUAUCCUAGCAUAUGGCAGUGAUUGUGGGAGAGGUAAUCGAAGCCCCAUAGUGGGCAAAGCCAGUGGUAUCUCAUUUAUUUCACCUCCAAUUGAAGAAUCAGCCGCCACCAUCGCAAUUAUAGGAAUGGUAAACCUGACAUGACCGGGUGCUUCCCGGGAGAGUUUCGCUUUCAAUUGGGUCGAUAAGAUGCCUUGAUGCUGUAGUUUGUGUUUGUGUUUGCUUUGGUGUUCGCCGCCAUGUUUGUCUUCCUUCUUAGCAGGUAAUUCGUCGAGAGUCUUGUAUAUUUUCUUAAGAUCUGAUUGCUGCAACGGGCGAACGAGGAGUUGUAUUUUCUUUUUCUCGCUCUGAUCACCAUCCUUGAGGAUGUUUUCCACAUUGCUACCAUCCCUAUCACUUUUUCCAACAAGGGCAACCCGGAACCAGUAUCUGUUAUCCCAGAGCGUCCAGGGUGUGUACUUUGUUUGCAUCGGAUUAUCGGCUUCAGCUUUAGCUUCAGUGGUGCCGGUACCAUCCGACCCAGGUACUUCCAGAUCAAAGCGGAGUAUCGGGAGACGAUUCCGCAUGAACGGUUGCCGGAAGAGUAGCCAGGUGUUAU